CGUAAUCAAUUAUGCAUAUACGCCGUACACAUAAGAGACAGAACACAACAGUUUUAACAAACAUUAUCGUCUCUUUACGCUAGUAGUAUAGUACAUCGCCACUUCGCUUUCUGCGUCAAAGUCUUGCUCUUUCCAUUCCUCCACACACACACACACACAGUGAAUCCUCGGAGUUCCACUAUGGAGAAAAUACAGCACAAGACAAUCCAAGCAAACAACAUAAACAUACACAUAGCUGAGAUAGGUCAAGGCCAGCCCAUCCUCCUGCUCCACGGCUUCCCUGAGCUCUGGUACUCCUGGCGCCACCAGUUGCUCUCCUUGUCUUCCCUCGGCUACCGUGCCAUCGCCCCUGACCUCCGUGGCUACGGUGACUCCGACGCGCCGCCUUCGCCCUCCAGCUACACCGUGCAUCACGUGGUCGGUGAUUUGGUGGCUCUGUUGGAUCAUUUGAAGAUUGACAAGGUGUUUUUAGUGGGUCAUGAUUGGGGGUCUUUUAUAGCUUGGUGGUUUUGUAGGAUUCGGCCUGAUAGGAUUAAGGCUUUGGUUAGUUUGAGUGUUGUGUUCUCGCCCAGGAAUCCGACUAGGAGGCCUUUGCAGUCUUUGCGGGCUGCUUUUGGUGAUGAUUACUACAUGUGCAGGUUUCAGGAACCAGGAGUGGCAGAAGAAGACUUCGCUCGUGUUGAUCCUGCAGUCAUUAUAAAAAAAAUGCUUACGCUUCGCGAUCCAGCUCUACUUCGACUACAUAAAGAUGGUUUAGUCAGACCAGAUGAAGUAUUUAUACUUCCUUCUUGGUUAUCUGAGGAAGAUGUGAACUUUUAUGCAAGCAAAUUCAAGCAAACAGGCUUUACAGGUGGACUGAACUACUACCGAGCUAUGGAUCUAAACUGGGAGCUCACAGCACCAUGGACCGGUGUGCAAGUGAAGGUGCCUGUGAAGUUCAUUGUUGGGGACCUGGACAUUACCUACAACACACCAGGAGUCAAGGACUAUAUACAUAAAGGCGGUCUCAAAAGAGAUGUGCCGUUUCUACAGGAAUUAGUGGUUAUGGAAGGUGUUGCUCACUUUCUUCAAGAAGAAAGGCCAGAGGAAAUCAGCGCCCACAUCUACGAUUUCAUCAAAAAGUUCUGACUUUGUUUUAUUACGCAGUCAUUUCUGGCUUCAACAAUUUGGCAUGGUAAUUGGCCUUUUUAUAUAUAUGUGUGGAAUAAGUUAUACACUGUUCUAAUUGAUUUGUGUAGAAAACUAUAGUCUGUGUGGUAUUUAAGCAACCUCCAACUUGGUUUAUGCUGCUUGUUUAGUGGGAGCCUUUACUACUAUAAUACUAAGUUUGUGCUCUUGUAGAAAA